UACAUAUAUACGAGUGUAUAUGCAUAUAUAAAACACACGUGUUUCUCACAUUCACACGUUGUACGUGAUACUAGGCGCACAGUGCGAAAAAAAAGGAAAAUAAUAACAUCGGUGCGGAAAGGAGGUUAUACGUCGUAUACGCGAGUGUGCUUCUUCGAUCCGGCGUGUCUCGUUAUAUAGCUGCAUCACUUUCCUACAGAUUUCCAUGCCAAUGAUGUGUUGCUUGGCCAAUUAAACGAAACUCUCAGCAUUAAACCGAUCUAACAGAACAACUUCGAAUAUGUCGCUGCUCAGCGUCACGGUGAAGAAAGCGCGGUUCGUCUGCGAGGAAGCGGAACAAUUCAACUCGUACGUAACACUGAAGCUGCAAAAUGUGAAGUCGACGACAGUCACGGUGAAAGGGGCCAAUCCAUGCUGGGAGCAAGACUUUCUCUUCGAGACGAACGACAUGAACACGGGCCUCGUGGUCGAAGUGUGGUGCAAGGGUUUCCUGUGGGAUCGUUUCCUGGGCUACUACUACGUCCCGUUGUCAGAGGUGUCCUACAUGAAUGAGGAGGGUUCCGGACAAUGGGUCAGCCUCGACUUGGAGCUCGAGAUGAGAGGUGCCGAGAUCAUCGGCACGAAAAAACCAACUGGCCACUCGCUUCUCAUAGACUGCCGUUUGGAGCUUCCGUUCGUCUCUGACCAAUCAGGAAAGUGCGAACAACGAACGAGAUGGAAAGCCCUGCUAACGAGUGAAACGGCAAUGCAGUUGCGAGCAGCCCGGCCCAUGUGUGGCUCAGACCCCGAGAACACGGAGGCGGCCGAUCUGCAGAGGAAGCUGGAAAUGCUGAACAACAUGAUGGACCAGGAAGCACGAGCCGAACAGGCACGACGACAGAUAUUGUACAAUAUAGGCCACUCCGGUUACUCGGAGGAUUCCGACUAUACGUCAGACCUGAAUUAUCCAGUUGGCGGACAAGGUGCAAACAGCUCGGCUUCGCAGUUUCGUACCGCUGCCAACCAAUUGGCCACCCCUCAGAGAUCCCUCGAGACCUCGAGAGAAAAUAGCUACGAGAGGGAUGAUCAUCAGAUUCCGGCUACGGUCGGGGGAAGGCUGUCUAUAAUUAAUUACGCGGGAUACAGCGGAUCGGGCCACAGUCCGCGAUACGACGAACCGUAUCCCGAGGAGUGUCCACCGCAAAGGUAUUCUCAGUCUCAGCACGCUUCCGAAUCUUCCGAGCCGCUCUUCUACAACAGCCGGCCCAGGCACUAUAAGGAGUACAGACGACGGAAGCAUACGUGGGAUUACGAGGACAGUCAAGACGGUUGGUAUAGCGAAGGUUACGACUAUCAUGGGACGAGAGUCGACGAAACCAAAAUCUAUAGCGAUACCGAAUAUUAUCCGAGUAGUACAACGAGUGCUUCCAGGCGGAGAGGGCAUCACAGAAGACCAUCUUUGGAAAGACAGAUGACUUUAUACGACGACCAUUCUUACUAUACCGAUGGAUAUAGUAGCGACGGAAGAGUGGGGAAAAUGAGCGCCACGUAUCCUGAAUGCCAAACGGACAUUAGGUACAAUGAGUACUACGAUAGCAUCACGGGAUAUGGUUAUCAAGAUGAAAGGUAUGGGCAAGACGACGAGGAUAGACAGUGGGACAGUGGAGGGAAGUGGUAUCUAGGAACUAGUACCUAUUAUGAGAAUAAACGGAAUAGAAAAACGCUUCCACAGAGGCCUGCAUCUAGUAUCGGUAUUCAUCGACCGGAUUAUAGACCAACGGUUACCAGACAACGCAGUUACGAAUCGGAGGAACUCAAUUAUAGUGGUCAUAGCACUCGUCGUCGAAAACCGCUACAACCGCAACAACGACCACCGUCUCGGCAAGAAGGGACGGGUAAAAAACUACCUCCGACACCAACAAAACCAAGCAAUGUUAUUAUCAAUCGUAUGCUUGCCACAUCGAGCAGGCAACUGCCAAAGACUAGAACUCCUUCCGAGGAGAGCUAUCACAAGUCUGACUACAACGAGGACUAUAAUUACGCUUAUCGCAGCCAAGAUAAUUUACCUCAGGAUACCUACAUUGACAGUAUAUAUAGCGAGCAAAGUGGUUACGACCAAGUGCACGCGCCUGGCAAAACUCAAUACGCUGAGGAUAGUCAAUACGGGUCCAGUUACACGCCCCAGGUCGAUGACCAGUAUGGUCGUUCGUAUCAAGAGCCACGGACACAGGAUACGUACGAUCGAUCGUAUUUACAAAACUCGUAUAAGGACGAGUUUCAAAAGCCUUACGUGGAACAGAACACUCAGGUUUAUCAGGAUACGUAUCAAGACAUAACAUAUCCGAACUCGAGCCAACCGAAUGAUCAAUACACUAGCCAACCGAACGAUCAAUACAGGAAAAUGAGCGGCAGAGAUAUGAUAAUAGACGACAAUUACCAGGUGAUGGGUUACGAUCAGAACAACGUUCAAUAUCAGGACAGGAAGAAUGUAUCUGCCUAUAAGAAUACGUAUCAAGAGCAAUACGAUGGUUACAACGUGCCGUCGAGCGUAUACGACCAAAAUAACGUGACGAAUACGUACAAUCAAUACCAACAAGAGCAAUACGAUUCUCAGUACAAUAUAAACACGUCGACUGAUUACCAGAAGACAUAUCCGGAUACCCCGUAUAAUCAAGAAACGUACAACGCGAAAGCCUAUAGUCAAGAAACUUACAAUCAGGACACGUAUAUUCAGGAUACGUAUAAUCAAGAAACGUACCAUCAGCAAGAAGAAACGUACAACCAGCAAGAUACGUACAACCAGGUGCCCAUUUCGCAAAGUAAUUACGAGGAUACUUACAGCAAACCCCAGAAGGAUUACGUUAAUUAUCAAACGCCGUAUAGCAAGGAGGAAACUGUGAACAUGACGUACGAGAAUGAUUAUCAAGACCAGUAUCAAGAGCCUUACGAAGACUCUUAUCACGAAUCUUAUCAGGAGUCGUUCGAGGAACACUACAAAGAGAGUCCAGCUGCCAGUACGGAGAGAAGAGCAAGCGAAGUUCCGGAAUUGUCGGUGACCACGCCACGAGGCCAGACGAGAACGAAUGGAUAUCAGUCGAGCGAAUCGGACUAUUACCUCAUGUCUCAGGAGAGUCAAGACGUGUCCUCGACCGGCGUGUCGAGAAAGAAGAAGCACGAGAAACGGGAACCUAGCCCUCUCGUCCAGCAAAAUACCGAUUCCUUGGAAUCGAAAGACGACGAACUGAAGGAAAUCGAAACUGCCGUGAGUUCUAUUAGUAGCAUUCCACAGAAGAAAGGAAUCAGCGAUUAUCCGACACCUGCUGACUCCAGUUCCGUUGCCCCCACUUCGAUCGAAUCUCCCCAAAGUAAUCUGCAGCCCGCUACAACGAUGGUUAAUCACGUGACAGCCAACCAUAUUCCAACAAGUAUGACGGUGACGGCAAUGGUUCACACGAGCAUGGCUAACGGGAAACGAUUGACGAGAACUGAAUCGUAUCAGGAGGAAGUGAUCGAGGACGAAGAAUAUCCGGAGAUCAUACCGAAAGAACCACAGAGGAAAGACUCGCAGUUAUCGUAUCAGAGUCAACACUCUUCCCAGCACAGCGUGCAUUCCCAAAAACCAAAAUUGACCAGAGGUGAUUCUUACGCCUCCGACCACUUCCCCGAGGAAUCGUACAGCAGAAGAAGUUCGUACGCCCAGUCGACGAGAAAAGACUCUUUCUCCUCGACUACGCAACAAGAAAACUUUAAACCACCUCUCACAAGAACAGACUCGUACCAAAACAGAGGCAGCUACGGGCAGAACUUCAGUGCUCCUCAACCCAUUUCCAGAGCUGAGAGUUAUCAGCGUGGAUAUUUCAACGACCAAAAGUCUGUGGAGGAACCGGAAGUUUGUGGAAGAAGCCUGAGCAAUGCGGUGAACGACGACUAUAAGAUGAGGGAGGAGUCUCUUGAAAGGUACGAGGAUGAACCAAUGCUUCGUGAUUCUCGAGAGGAUUCGUUGAUGGACACGUACAAAGCUACAUCGCCCAUGUCGCAUACCGAUAGUCCACGUGGAAGCAUAACGAAACAAGCGUCUUUGGAAGAAAGUGUUCAAAUGGAUACUCCACCGAGGAGUCCACCGGAACCACCACCGGAUAAGGAGCUUCUAGAGAUGGUUGGAGCUGCACCAGUGCCUACACAGUUGAAAGAGAGACCAGAGAUGACGGCGAAGCAACGAUGGCAUUGGGCGUACAACCAAAUAGUGAUGCAACUACGGGUGAGUACCUUUUUUCGUUCAAUUCCCAUCCAAAAAUCGCGUCGAAAUUGUCGCAUACGUGAGAUCGUCGAUCGCAGGUGAGUCUUUGCGAUGCUUUGCCCUUAAUCAAUAAUUCCGAACAAGCGUCGACACACGUAUUAUCGUAACAUUAAUAUA